CGUCAGCUGACCCGGCGACGACGAUGCCGCCCAAGCAGGACGACGGCCAGGGGCAAGCGCCGGCGGGCGGCAGCUUGUGCUUGUGGAUGGUGACGGUGCUGCUCCUCCUCUCCCUGCUCGCCGGUGGCGGGUGCCUCGCGGGCUACAUCCUGCUGCCGCCGCACGAGGCGCCGGCCUGGCUCCCCGCCGUCGGCCUGGCGCUCGUCGCGCUCCCGUGGGCGUUCUGGAUCCUCACGUGCGCGUACCGGUGCGUCGCCGCCCACGUCGCCGAGCGCAGAAUGAUGGCUGUCGCGCCUGUGGCCUCCGCCAGCAUGCGCUCGCGCUCCGGCUCAUGA